AUGCUCUUCGAACCAUCUGAGGACAAUGCCAGCUUUAUAACUAGGAGCGUUGUCCUGCUGGAAGUAUCCAUCCCCGCCAGAGACAUAAACGGAUUUAUAGGAUCACCGUUUUUUCCGGGAAAGAAAUUGUCCAAACCUCAUGCGGAAAUAACGGAAGGAACUGCCGAAGGAACAGAAAGAAUAGUCGAAGCCAAGACGGCAGUUCCCAUCGAGAAAGAGAUUCGAUUCUAUGAGGCUGUGGAUAAAAUAGACCCGAUUGUUCUGAAAGUUCUGAUGGAUGAGGCAGACAGAUGGUGUUCGUGUCCUUUGAAUUUCACGGGUCGUUUUUGUGACGUAGACGUUGACGAGUGUUUGGAACCCGAGAUUUGUGAUGAGCACCAAGUGUGCAUCAAUACAUACGGAAGUUACAGGUGUGACUGUCGGCAGGGGUAUGUGUGGGAUGAUUAUAGAUGCGUUGGUAAAACGAAUUGCUAUAAAGAGUCGUGUCCGAACUUCGGUGAAUGCGUUGAGAAAGAUGAUGGAAGAAUUACGUGCAUUUGCCCGUUGGGGUAUACGGGAGAAAAAUGUGAAAGAAAAUUGUUGGAUUGUGAUGACUCAUCAUGCACUGAAGAGGAGAUUUGCGUUGCUACACUCAAUGGAUAUCAGUGUAUUAAAGUUUAAUCUGCAAACAUCCGAAUUCGAGUCAGUUUGCUUAUAACAAUUUUAUGAUUUAAUCUGUUGAUCGAACUCAAAAUUUAUAAGAAACGGUGC